AAGUGACAAUGAAUCACCUUCAGAUGUCAACGAGGCGGUAUCCUGCAACUUGUAGAAUGAUUUUUUUUUUUUCUCUUUUUGGAAGGGGGCGUGUGUUCCUCUUGGAGUGUGCAUGUGUGUUUGCAUUUAAAACAGGAGGUGCUGACACAAAAAGGGGGAAGGGGGAUAUGGUUAGAACAAAAUGAGCUAGGAGUUAUACACCUAACGACAACAAUGCAACAGAAAAAAAAGAAAAGAAAAAACUUUCAGUUUAGUUUGAAAUGUAUCUUCUGUGAGAUUAGUCCUGGAGAUUUUUCGUACAUGCAGGAUCUAAUUUUUGCUUGAAAAGUCAUUUCUUAUCAGCAAGUAGAACUCGAAUAUAAGAUCAGAGGACAGAGGAAAGUCAACGUAUAGGACACACAUGGGAGACGUGCUGCACAUGUACGAACACCAUAACACGGGAGGAGUACAAACUAAAAUGGGUCAUAAACAGUACAAAGGCCGGCAAAGUAGAACUUUGUGUCCAUGGAGAAGACAAGGGGGACGACAUUAUAGCAUGCUGAAGGAAAGUUUGUGACCUUUGCUCGUCUUUGAAGGGUCUCAAAAAAAAAAAUCUACACACUCAAGAAAUACAGAAUAGCAUACUUUCGAUUUCCAGAACUGAUAAGAAAAAAAAAACUGCAGUAUAUAAUGAACUUAUGUUUUUAUCUUUGCUAAGCCAAUCAACACAGUAAAGAAUACGAUUCCCAAAGGAGAUGGGUAGAAAAAGUCUACACACCCCUGCUGGCACACUCACCGCCGUUCUUGAUUGAUUUGUUCAAAAUGUGCCUGGUUUAAAAUGAAAAGUCAAUUGAUUACAGCAAUAAAGGUCAGUUGGGUCAUUUCUAAUCCACCCAUCAAACUAAGAAUAAACGGGAAGAAAGUACGUCACAAAGUCAUUGACAAACAUUGCCUGCAUGUUUUUAUUCAUCCACCUAAUUGUGACCAAAAAGCUUUUUCCACUUCCGUGCCACGCAAAAACGUCAACCUGUGGCUGUUGCAUUCAUUCACAUCUCCUGCACUAUGCUUGCAUUAUGAACCAGACUAACAAGUACCAAACAAUUAGCACAUGCUGUGGUUACUGCUACAUAACCAAACAGUCGAAGCGGACGAACUAUAAAAUGGAAGGAAACCCGAGUCCAAGCAAAGAAGUGACGGGAAAAAGAGGAGAAAUCAAAGAGCAACAGCCCAGGGAAGAAAAAUGGCUCACGGAAGAUGGAAUGGUAGGAAACCUUUCAUCACUGUGUUGUAUGUGGUAGCAGUCUGCAGCGGUGUCCCGGUCAGCGACCUACUGGACCGGGCCUCUCAGCACUCUGACAAACUCCACUCUCUGAGCACAACGCUCACCCACGAGAUAGAUUCUCAUUUAACUCCUAUAGGCCGGAUGCUCAUGCCCCGGCCUUCAGCGUGCCACACAUCGUCAUUGCAGACACCCAGUGACAAAGAGCAAGCCCUUCAAGUGUCUGAGUCAGAGCUGCUCUCCCUGGCUCGUUCCUUGCUCCGAGCCUGGGUGGACCCGCUGGUGGUUUUGUCCUCUUCCGCUAAUACCCUGCCACACCCGUCUCAAAGCAAAAUCAUCAAUAAGAUCCAGGAGUUGCAGGAGCAUUCCAAGAACCUUGGAGAUGGUCUCAACAUCCUAUCUGGCAAGAUGGAGCCGGCAGCUCAGACCAUCUCCUCGCUGCCCUACAGAGGCGGCAAUGACAUCGGGCAGGACAAGACAUCGAAAUUAAUCAAAUUUCAGUUUCUCUUGUCCUGCUUUCGCCGCGAUUCCCACAAGAUCGACAGCUUUUUGAAAGUCCUCCGAUGCCGGGCAGCAAAACUGCAACCUCACUUGUGUUGAAGAGCGAAACACCACACCGGACCGGACCGGACAGCUUUGAGAUUUUUCUUUUCCAAAAGCUUGUAUAGUAUAGCACUUCAGUCUAGCAAUAUACAUUAUGAUUUAGAUGGCUUAUAUUAUUUAAUAGGGGAUGAUGAUGUCAGGUGAAGGCAUAGUUUGAAGAAGUAGUAUAAAGCUUUGGUCUGCUCAUCUCAUUUCUCAUCAUUAUUUAACAAUCAAAUACGGUGAUGUUCUAGUUUAGUCACAUCUGAAACCUGAUUUUCGGAUUUGUUGGCUGUUUUUCACUGGCUGCAAACAUUGAGAUUGAAUAAAAU